ACUUCCUUUUUCAAGUUGCAAAGGUGUAGCAGAAGUGAUAAACUAUUGUGAAGUACAUAUUGGACAUAAAUCAUACCCACUACUCUUUCUUUUCCUCAUAGCUUAAUUCAUAAAUACACAAAACAUUAUAUUAAUGGAUUACUUGUGAUGUUAUUGGAUUGGUGCUAUUUACACCUAUAUGCAAUAUUCUUUCAGCAUUUUAAUUUUAAAAACUUUUAGAAAGAUGUAUAAAUCCCAUAACUUUCCACUCACAAACUGUUAUAACUAUGUACUCUAAACUCACAGGCAAACCUAAAUUUAGUUUCCACAAAACAGGAAGAACAUAGAUAAUGGCUUAAUCGUGGAGAGUGUGGGAUGUUAUAAACAAGAUGAACUAUUUUGUUUGUUAUUCAUAAUACUUAUAAGAGAGAGACUGGAAUUUCUACUUAGAUGUUUGUGAAAUGGCUUGUGUGACCCAGUUAUGGUUCCAUAUGCCAUAUUUUACCACUGUACAGUUAUGUUCUUGUUCUCAUUUCCAAGAUAUAUAAAUAGAGCUAAGAUAAGCUUUCCUGGAGCUCUUUGCUAUGAAAGAAAAGAAAGGCACUUUACAAAUAUCCCCUGGCAUUAAUAGGAAGAUCUUGCUGACUACGAUAGGCUGCUGAAGCCAUUCUCUCAGCAAAAGAAGCAUCAGUGUUUCUAUUGGUAACCCUUUUAAAAUUAUAUGUUUUUUAUGUAGAGAUGCAGGCUUGAUAAUGAAGACACCAUUCACAUAAGGUAUGGGUAACAAAUUUAUGAAGUAGAAAUUUCCACCCUCUAAACCUAAGACUAAGCAUGCUUUUGGUAUUUCAAAAUGCCAUUUAUACUUUACAAAUGUGGCAUUUGUCUUGGAGACUAUAAUAACUGGGGCCAAAUUCAGCCCAGGUGUAAGCAUGUUCAACUCUGAUGCCAAUCUUUAAUGGGGUUCUGUAAGUUGGCUCCUCUCCAAAUGACUGUGGAUGUGCCUGUUGUUUCAGAACAAUUCUCACACAUUAUAAAAUCUGUAACAGAGUUGGGCUUUAUUGACCAGGUAGCUUAAAGGUGAUGUGCAAAAGGAGGAAAAAUAGGUUUGUGGCCUGUUCUUUUAGGUAGGACAUAUGGGGGAAGGGUGAGAGAGAACAUUAGAAAUUCGUCUUUUUAAAUAUUCCAUGACCUAAUAAUUUUGACAUGAGAGACACCGUGCAAGAGAAACCUGAGUAACAAAGUAAAUAUAUUUGUAAUCAAACUGAUUCAAGUAAAAACUUUUUUAAAAAACCUCAGUUCAUUAGAUGCUUUAAAAAAACAGAACGUCCUCUUUUUCUAGGUCACCCUUACUUAGGUUGCCUGCAAGGUGAGGCAGGUUUUCUUUCAGGGAGAAAAUAAAAGCAGUUUAAGAGGGACUUGUUAAAUUAGUUCAAAACUGUGUCAGCAAAUAGGGCUUAUGAGUGCAGUCCCAGCGCAGGUUUGCUGCUGUUCAAGGCCACCUGUUGCACUUGUUGGUCUUUUCCCUUAGUUUUCUACAGAGUAAACAAAAGCAAAGCCCUCCUGGCAAUUUCACGGUCAUGAAUCUCUGCACCAUCCUCGUGCUUUCGUCGCUGUUUUACCACAAAUAGCACCGGUAUUCCUUCCCCCAUGCAACACUGGGAGCGGGGGCGUCCUUGGGUGCUUCACUCCAGUCACGGCCUAGGUGCAGCUGGGGGAGGGCACGUUCACUUUCCCUCCCAGGUAUGGGCCUGGGAAAGGCGAUUCAGGCCCUCUAUGCUCUAGUCAAGCCCCUGCCCUAAAGGUAUUAGCACACAUGGAUGUAGCGGGCUAGGGGGAGCAGAAGGGGCUGUGACCCUAACAAGAGCUGCAAGGAGGGACUGGUGUCUUCUCGCCCCUCGGUUCCCCCUCAGCCGUGCGCGUGGACAGCAGGUAGCGGCCAGAGCCGGGUCGGGGGGGAGCCUUGGCCUCGCCUCCAGCCCCCCUAACUCGGAGCCCGGGCGGGGAGAGCCGGGCGCGCACGCUCCGCGGCGGGCAGCAAGGCAUGCGCAUUGCAGGCCGCCCUCUCACCCCGCUCAGUUAUGCCAAGUAUGUGAGCGGCGGCAGGAGUAGGGCUGCGGGGAGGGAGUGCGACGCACACCGAGCCCGCCCGACCAUGGGGCCGCCGCCGCCGCCACCACCACCAGCUGCCGCGCGAGGGGGGCACCCAGCACCCUCCUGCUGGCGGGCAGCAGCUACUGAGGCAGGCGGGUGCGGGGCGGGGGCAGGCAUGGCUGAUCCUCUGCGCAGGACCCUCUCCAAGCUGCGGGGCAGGAGGUCCCAACGCGGGGCGGCGGCAGGCGCGCACCCCCGCGGGGGGACCGGCGCCCCUCAAGGUAAAGCCCAGCAGCAGCCACAGGCCAGGGGAGCGCCGUGGGCUCAGCCCAGCAGCCGGGAGGUCCCGGUGCCCCCGGGGGCUGGGAGCCAGGAGGAGUCUGGACAGCGGCAGCCCGGCUGGCCCCGGCGGGGGAAGGCACCGCAUGGCCCCGCAGCUCUGGGGGAAGGGACACCAGGAGCCCCGGCCACCCCUGGCUGUUCCCCGGGGGACCCAGCCCCGCAGCCCCGGUCUGCCCCAGCGCGGCGUGCUCCUGACGGCGAGGAGGGCGAUUACUACGAUAAUGAGACUCUGCCCUGGGGCUGCCGCCCGGCCGAGGCGCGAGAGGAGGCGCAGGGGCUACCUGCCGCCUGUGCCCAGGGCCGAGGGGAGGGCCGCUUGGCUGGGACCCGGGAGAGCACGGGCAGGCUGCGGAGCCAGCUGCAGGAGGCCUAUUACCUGCUGAUCCAUGCCAUGCACGACCUGCCCCCGGCCAGCCCCGCCUGCGCUGGAGGGUUCCCCCAGCCCGUCGCCUCUUGCGGGGCAGCGGAGAGCAGCGAUACCUGGUCCUCCUCCUCCGGGGAGGGCAGCCCGCAGCAGCAGGUGCCCGCCACCGCCUGGCCGCCACCGCCCGCCCAGGGCUCCGCAGGGCGUCCCGGCCAGCUGGCGCCUCACAGGCACGGGGGUCAGAGCCUAGGGAACCUCUCCCUUCUGUCCCCCGGCCGCCCCGCGAAGCCACCGCCUCUGCAGCGGUGUCUGAGCGACAGCGUGAUCCGCUACCACCUCGUGGAGCCCGCCCCGGGGCACCUGCUGCAGGGCGAGCCUCCUGGCCCGGCCUGGGACCGGGCGCGGCCGGAGGGCGGCCGCGGGGGAAUCGACGCUCCUGCAGCCGCAGAGCGCUCAGUCAGCUGCGGGGAGAGCCCGGAUCGGGGCGCGGAGGCGCGCCAGGCCGAGCGGCUGCUGCUCAGUGCCCAGGGCUCCGCGCCGCCAGAGGCAGCGGCCGGGGGCGGGUUCCCGGCAGCGUGCCCCGGCAGCCGCCCGCAUGCCUCCCAGAGCCCCUUCAGGCCGCCCGCGGUCAGCGUCGGGAAGCUGCAGAAGUGGAUGUGUAAAGGGCGCCUGCUGUCCCUGGGAAUGAAGGGGCGCAUCGGGGCUGGGGCUUCCUCCGCUGACCCCAGAGCCAUUGGGACAGGUGCGGCGCUGCCUGCUCAGCCAGACCUUGGAGAAGAGGGGCCCGCAACUCCGCCGGCUUGGAGAGGGCAGGGAAGCAAGGCCCAGGCAGCUCCCCCGGACCAAAGAGUUCUGCUGACAGAUUUAAUUGAAAAUAUUUACAUAUCCUCCACAAGCGGGAGAGAACUUAAAAUUCUUGUGGCCAGUGAAGUCCAUGAGCAUAGGCCACAGCUUGACAGCAUCACAGUUUCUAAGAAACGUAACUGGCUACAUCAGAGUACUUUAAAGGCCCCUAAUCUGGAAGAAGAAAAUAUCUGUAAGAAAAUGCAAGGAAACACUAUCCAUGUACCCAAAUCUUCCAGUCCAUUACCUGGACCUAAACUGCCACAGGUUCCUCCCAAAUCACCUAUAGGAAAGGAAUGUCCUGCAAGAAUCUAUAGUUCUGUAACUGCUGUUCACCAUUCUACAAGCCCUUCAGUUUUGAGAAACUGUACUUUAGAUUUCAGUGAGGAUAAUGAUGCAGAUGAUGAAGGAGAAAUAUGGUACAAUCCUAUCCCUGAAGAUGAUGAGCCUGACUUCCCCAGAGUCCAUUGUUUUACUGGGAAAAACUCUGUUAAUUUGGACUCCCAUACCACCAGUUUCAAGAUGUUGCCUGGGAGUGACUUGAUUAAAGUAAUGGGGCACAAUAAAGGCCUUCCAUACUUCUCAGAAUCUGCAGGAGACAAUCAAAUGGGUCAGGCCAGUGAAAUUAAUCAAGCAGAUUCCAUACAUUCCAUGGAGUAUGUGCAGCUGCACAAGCAGAGUUUUGUGUGCAAGACUCAGAGUGCGACAGCAAUAGAGGAGAGCCCUGCAUUUAAAUAUUGUUCAGCAGGAUCUGGAAUUGUACCUGCAAAUAAGGCUGAGGCUGGAGUGACAGAAAUUUCUCCUCCAAGUCCUAAUCCUUUGAAAAAAGGAGGAUCAAUUAAUUGGCCUUUCCCUGACAAGAUAAAAUCUCCUAGAACUGUGAGAAAACUUUCAAUGAAAAUGAAAAAAUUGCCAGAACUCAGCAGGAAGCUGAGCAUCAAAGGAACCUCAAGCUCUAAUAAUUCAGAUAAUCUUACUUCCUUGCUGAAAGGUGACUGUCAGGAUACAAGCCAUACCACAUCUUUGCCAUCUUCUGGAAAUGCAACAACAGCUGCUAGCAGGAAUGUUAUAAGUCGGUACCAUCUUGACAGUAGUGUAUCAUCACAACACGGCUACAAAAAGAAAAGCACUGGGAGUUCCAAAUCCUCCAGUAAAGGUGGUUAUCUCAGUGAUGGAGACUCUCCUGAACUUAUAGCAAAAUCGGGUAAACACAGUUCUGUAAGCAGGUUUGGGAAAGGAAAAGAGACUCUUCCAAGUAACAACAAUAAAACUGAAAUAGACAUUGAUGCUUUUAGACAUUACAGCUUUUCUGAUCAACCCAAAUGUUCCCAAUACAUAUCUGGACUCAUGAGUAUUCACUUCUAUGGUGCUGAAGAUUUGAAACCACCACGGAUGGACUCAAAAGAUGUCUUUUGUGCAAUUCAGGUAGAUUCGGUAAACAAAGCAAGAACAGCCUUGCUUACAUGCAGAACGACUUUUUUAGAUAUGGACCACACUUUCAACAUAGAAAUUGAAAAUGCCCAGCACUUAAAACUAGUGGUCUUCAGCUGGGAGCCUACCCCACGGAAAAAUCGUGUUUGCUGUCAUGGAACAGUGGUUCUCCCCACUCUUUUUCGAGUGACAAAGGCGCAUCAGCUGGCUGUCAAACUGGAGCCCAGAGGGCUUAUUUAUGUCAAACUGACUCUCAUAGAACAAUGGGAGAAUUCUCUUAAUGGUCUAGUUGCAGAUCGAGAGCCAGUGAUAUUUGGAGUAGAUGCUCGAAAAGUUGUUGAGAAGGAAAAUGUGGGCUUGAUGGUACCGCUUCUGAUGCGGAAAUGUAUUGUGGAGAUUGAAAAGAGAGGCUGCCAGGUUGUAGGCCUGUACCGAUUAUGUGGUUCAGCAGCAGUCAAGAAAGAGCUUCGAGAGGCGUUUGAGAGGGAUAGCAAGGCUGUUACUCUCUGUGAAAACCAAUACCCAGAUAUUAAUGUGAUAACAGGUGUCCUCAAGGAUUAUCUAAGAGAGCUGCCCUCUCCCCUGAUAACUAAGCAGCUCUAUGAAGCAGUGUUAGAUGCCAUGGUGAAAAAUCCCUUGAAAAUGACAGCAAGCGGUUGUGAAAAUGACCCAAGUGACUCUGAGCAUACGGUGGCCCUUCUGGAUUGUCUGCCAGAUGUUGAAAAGGCAACCCUAAAGAUGCUGCUGGAUCACCUGAAAUUGGUGGCAUCUUAUCAUGAAGUAAAUAAGAUGACAUGCCAGAAUUUAGCUGUGUGUUUUGGGCCUGUCUUACUGAGCCAGAGGCAGGAGACCUCCAAUCAUAAUAACAGAGUCUUUACAGAUUCAGAAGAGCUUGCUAGUGCCCUGGACUUCAAAAAACACAUAGAAGUUCUUCAUUAUUUGCUCCAGCUAUGGCCAGUGCAAUGUUCAACUGCCAAAGAAUCAACAUACUCAAACAUGUUUCCAGGGAACCAGUCGUCUUUGAAUUAUCUGAGACCCAAGAAGCAGCGGCCUCAGAUGUUGAAUUUGAGCAGUACUGAAAUGUCAGGGGUACUUAGGCCCCGGCCAGCCAGACUAGACAGUCCCUCAAGUAAUCGCUAUGCAGGAGACUGGAGCAGUUGUGGGGAAAACUACUUUUUAAAUCCAAAGGAGACCCUAAAUGAAGCAGACUAUGAUGAUGUUCCUUCAGAAGAUACAGAAAGUGGGGAAGAUUGCAGCAAAGUAGAUGGACCAGAUAGACAGAUUGAACAUGCAAAAUCCACGUCUAAAGAGCAUACAUUUCAGACCUAUUUGACAAUGCAAACAAUAGAUUCAGCAGUGGACCACAGAGUAAACCUCAAAGACCUGCAAGAAAGUAUUGAUACUCUGAUAGGAAACUUGGAGCGGGAACUCAACAAAAACAAACUAAAUAUCACUUACUAAUUUCCUUGCGUGAUACCUGCUGUUGAUACCUCCCUGUUCCUCCACCCGUCUCUUCAGAAAAGUCUGUCUGUGGGUUUUUCAAUGAAUUGUGGAAUAAUCUGUGGCCUCCCUUGGAUAAACAAAUCCAAUUUAGCCAAUCCAUUAUUGUGGAUCAUUUUUCUUCUCAUUAGAAGAAUACAUUGGCCUCACCCUCUGUGGUUUAAGUUGGCCUUUUAGACUAUGCGAAAUGAUGUUAGGAAGAAGUGAUUUCCCCUCUCACUCCUUCAAAGUACUAUGCACUUAUGAAGCUUGGACAGUAUGUGACAGGAGCUAAGGUGCCAUCUUUGUCUGCUCUGUGUAGCAACAGCACUCUUAGUUCCUGAAACUUUAUACCUGGUACGGACAUGCCUCUUAGUAGAGGAUUAGUGUUUCUUGGCCUGUGAUUUGCAGCAUGAACUUUAGGUAGAUCCCAUUCUACCAUGUAUGUCACCUUUUCAUUUGCAGUGCAAAGGCUGUUAUGAAAAAAUGCUUUUUAUACGUAUGUAAAAGUUUAACUGUACAAAAUAUUAUUGUAUUCCUGUAUUAACGCUUUUCAGUAAUUAUUUAAACCUGCAAAAAUUAAAUAUUUUUCUAACCUUGUUUGUAUAUAUUUAUGUACAUGUUUGUAUAGUUAUAUUGGGAAGCGGGAAAUCUGAAUUAGAUAAGGAAACCAUUUCUAAAGAGCUCCACAUUGUGAUGCCAAAACAAGGAAUCGCUUGAGCAAUGUAGCAUUUGAUUUUACGCACAGAAAUAUGUGCCGAGAGAGAGGACAUAGUGAAUCAUUAAUAUAAAUGACCUUGUGUCACAUGUUACGCUUCAGUUCACAGCUGUUGACUAUUAACUACAUAAAGAAACCAUCCAGUUUAGUUUUAAGAAUUAUUCCAGCAUUUCCUAAGUGUUUCCAGUGAACCUGUCUGUUCCCUUUAAAGGUGCCCUUCAGGCAAAGAAGGGGGAUGGAAAGGAUUGUGCUAUUUAUUUUUUUAAUCCUUUCUGACGUAUAAAGAAGGUCUGAAAGGGUUUUGGGUUUUCAAGCUUUUAUUUGGUGGGGGGGGAUUGCGCUUUUUAUUUUACCUUCAAAAUAGCAAACUGUUAAAUCUUUAAUACCUUUGGAGGUCAUCUUGCAUGAUUCAGAUGUUCAUUGGGAACUUGGAGGUGAUAAAUAUUGAUGAAAGGCAGUCGUUUUCCCCCCCACCCCCAAGUGUUUUAAUUAAAUAGGUGUUAACCAAAACAAACAAAAUCAAGAGUUUUAAAUAGUCGGAAUGAAAAUUACAUCCCCUCUCAAUUAAUCAAAUUUCAUUUCCUUGGUAUCUGUGAUCUCAUAAUACAAUCAUAUCUCCAGUCAUCCAUAGUGUCUUCCAUGGCAGGUAACUGAAUUUCUAAAAUAAAAAAAGCAGAGAAAAUAUUUGUUAAAUUUUUUAAAAAUCUCAAGCCACCUUUGUAAUGUCGUAACAAGCAAAAGGGCACAAACCCAUUGUUUUUCUUUUAUAGGCCACAGCAUUUUUACUGGGAAUCCAAACAUCCGGUCUUAAUCAACUAGCAGUAUAGGAUUUAACUUUCUUCUUUCUUUUCAGUAUGUGAGCAUCCUUCCAUAUCUUUCCUUUUGCCCUGUGGUAAGUGCUUUUAGCUAGUACAUACUUCUAUAUAUUGCCAGGUUUUAUAGUUAUUUAUUUACAGUAGAAUGUCAUUGAGAACUAGGGUACAGUUUUACCACCUUUUUCUAAAGGAAUAUCUGAGCAUAGUUUCAAAUGAUUUAUUCAUUCUCAUUAAUUUAUUUUUGUUAUAAGUGUUAAAAUAUGCAAUACAAUAUUGUUUAAAAUGUAAAUUUAACCUGACACAUUUAUCAAUAAAUCAAUGUAUUUUUUUAAACUUUUAUACGGAAUGUGUAUAAUUUUUAAACUAUAAAUUUUAAUUCUAAAUAAAAAUUUGAAUUGAGAAUAAAAUGUGAUCAAGUCUAAUAAGUGGUUAUUUAAAAAUAUACUUUAAGCUAUCUACUGUACAUAUUCUUUGGCAGAAUAUAUUAUUUAAUUGUUCGAUAGAUACUCUAGUGGUUUGCAGAAUUUUUUUUUUUCAGUCACUUGGAGUAUUUUGUUUUCUAGAUUGCAAUUGCAUUCAUAUAGGAUUUUAAAAAAUUAUUGUAAUAGCUUUUGUAGUUGAUCUGUUUUUGUAAGCAACUUUGAAACCCAAUGUUUUUGACCGCAGUUCUUGGUAUGUUGCAAAGAUAUGUUGAUGGUUUGGGACAAUCUGUUUCCAUAUCAUUUGUGUGAAUAUAUUUAGCAUUAAAAUAUUUCUGUAUAAAUAUUCUUUGGUAAACCAGACUAUUUCUUAAAUUCUGUGUUUACAAUAUAG